UGGUGGCAGCACUUAGCUGAAGUAACGCACCCGGUGGCAACGCUUGGCCUAGAAUGCCGCAUUUUUUACGUAAAUCUUAUUUUCCGUAAAUGCAACAAGUUCCCCGUGAUUUUCAAAUAGCUUACAACGCAAGGAAGAAGGAUCGCCAUUGAGAUCAUGAUCUACACCACAACCCUGAUGUCCUCGCGCGGCGGCCUCAUCGGCUCGCUAAUCAACAAAGUCAGGCAAGUUGUAGCCAAAGAUUGGCCACCCAGUGCUCCAUCUCGUGCCAAUGACACCGACCACCGACCCCUCACACCCCCUAGGCCCCUAGCAGCCGCCAGCAUCAGCAACACUCCGGCGGUGCCGUCGAAGACCCUGGAGGAGCAGGUGGGCCUGCCGCCGCGACCAAAGAAACCGCUGACUCCCUACUUUCGCUUCAUGCGUGAGCAGCGGCCCAAGCUGAAGGCUGCCAAUCCCCAGAUUUCCACCGUCGAGGUGGUGCGCCAGCUGUCCAAGAACUGGUCCGAUGCCGAUGCCCAGCUGAAGGAGCGCCUGCAGGCCGAGUUCAAGCGGGACCAACAAAUCUACGUGGAGGAGCGAACAAAGUACGAUGCCACACUCACGGAGGAGCAGCGGGCCGAGAUCAAGCAGCUCAAGCAGGACCUCGUUGACGCCAAGGAGCGCCGCCAGCUGCGCAAGCGGGUCAAGGAGCUGGGGCGACCCAAAAAGCCCGCUUCGGCCUUCCUGCGAUUCAUCGCCAGCGAACGCAUCAACACCCCGCAGGGCGACAAGCAAACCUACCGCGAGUGGCACCAGAAGACCACCGCCAAGUGGACCCGCCUCUCCGACUCCGAGAAGGAGGUCUACAUGCAGGAGUCGCGCAAGGAGAUGGAGCUCUACAGGAAAGCGAUUUCCGUUUGGGAGGAGAAGAUGAUCCGCCUGGGCCACAUCGACGUGGUGCGUCACGGCAAUCUUAUCGAUCCACCUGAGCCAAAGCCCCGCAAGACGCUGGCCUCCAAAGAUAUAUAGUUUUGGCUGCUCGGCCCGCCCUCUGCCAUCACAUACAUAAUUCACAAAUCAUGCAUCAUUCUGUUUUUCGUUUUCUUUUUCCAUCGCAAAUUGUUAAGGUUAGGGCAUUAAAGAUUAAAUGCUAGCCAGCCAGCAUAAGUUUAACUUAAAUCCCGUGUUCCUGCUGUUAGUUUUACGAAGGGUACUUCUAGUAGUUUUUCUGGACAACUUAAGUCUGUAGUUUCAGCAUGAAAUAAAAAUCCAGCAACUGACUAAAUAUUGUA